UUCUAGCGUGGUACCACUCAGCGGUUUCGCUGAGCGUGUAGUUUGUAUUUUUCGUUGACUACGCGUAGGUAAUAAGAAGACAAUGAUGGAACCACUCCCGGAGGGCAUUGAGUCAGAGGAGAUGCAAGGAUGGCAGGCAAAUAUUUGGUCAUCAGAUUUUAAAUGUGUCAUGAUUUGAUUAUUAAUAUUAAAUACAUUCAGAUUUUUAAAAUCUAAAAAAAUCCAACAAGACUCCAAUUCAAUACACCCCUAAGUUUCCACUUUCCAAUGGCACUAGAACCGUGCCAUUUACUUGAUGCGCAUAUGAGGGGACGCACUACGCCGUGAGGAGAAAUGUUAGCUGUUUUGGGGGUUUCCUCUUCUGGAUGUGCCUUUAUAAAUAAAGCUGCCGUUCUCAAUCUCACUGGACUUCUCAAGCCAUUCCACUCUCGAAGGCUAGCAGUUAGAGCUCUCUCUUCAAUGUCGUACAACGCACAACUCGACGCCGCGAAGAAGGCUGCGACGCUUGCGGCUCGUCUCUGCCAGAAAGUUCAGAAGAAGCUGGUGCAAACCGAUGUGCAGUCAAAGUCAGAUCAGAGUCCGGUGACUGUGGCAGAUUAUGGUUCUCAGGCAGUGAUUAGUGUUAUAUUGCAAAAGGAGUUGCCUUCUUAUUCCUUUUCCUUAGUGGCUGAGGAGGACUCGGAAGACCUGCGCAAAGAGCAUUCACAAGAAACACUACAACGCAUCACAGAGAUUGUGAAUGAUACUCUUGCUUGUGCUGACUCUGGAAUUACUUCUCCCUUAUCUCAAGAAGAUGUGCUCGCUGCAAUUGAUAGUGGUAGAUCUGAUGGUGGCCCUUCGGGUUUUCAUUGGGUAUUAGAUCCCAUUGAUGGGACUAAGGGGUUUUUAAGAGGUGAUCAGUAUGCCAUUGCAUUGGGAUUGCUAGAUGAAGGUAAUGUAGUUUUGGGUGUUCUAGCCUGCCCCAAUCUUCCAUUAGCUUCUGUAGCAUACCAUGAUCAUGAAGGGGACAGUGGUUGCUUAUUUUUCGCUCAAGUUGGAGGUGGAACCUACAUGCAAAGUCUAGAAGGAUCUUCUCCUAAAAAGGUGCAUGUCACAGAUAUUGAAAACCCAGAAGAGGCAUCAAUUUUUGAAGCUUUUGAAGCAGCACAUUCAAUGCGUGACUUGUCUAGCUUGAUUGCAAAGAAACUAGGCGUGAAAGCAUCACCUGUUCGAAUAGAUAGUCAGGCCAAGUAUGCUGCAUUGUCGAGAGGAGAUGGAGCAAUAUAUAUGAGAUUUCCACAUAAGGGCUACCGUGAGAAGAUAUGGGAUCAUGCAGCUGGAUAUCUUGUUGUUUCUGAAGCUGGAGGUAUUGUGAGAGAUGCUGCAGGAAAGCCAUUAGACUUCUCUAGGGGAAGGUAUCUGGACUCGGACACCGGCAUCAUUGUUACCAAUCAGAAGUUGAUGCCCGCCCUACUAACGGCCGUUAGCGAAUCAUUGGCUGAAAAAGCUUCAUCUCUGUGAUCGAUAAGUGACCGGCGGGUCGUGCCAAUACCCAACUUGACGAACAAUUAAUAAUAUGCACUCCAUAAGCUAGCUAUUUGCAAUUUAUAUAUAAAUUGAAUAUAUAUUUCAGGUAUCGUUAUUGGGAAGGUUGUUGACACGGGUCGUUAUCCGGGAACAAAUGCGUACAAAAUAUUGAAUAUAAACGGAAAUAAUAGCCUUAAUAUAUUAAGGCAAGUUCUUAUUUGUGUUUUAUGUAAUCAUUUCUUUUUUGCUGCAUAAGAGGAGAAUUUUAAAAGUCUAUUUGAACUUGAAACCCCACUUUGUUUUCUCUGGUGGUCCUCCCCUUCGUUGGUGACUUCCAUCCAGCGACACAACAUACUGGUGAGAAAGCAUGUGCGCACGUACCCCAAAGCUCAAUUUGAUUUCCGUUGAUGUAUUAUUGUAGUUGAAUUAACGUUUAGCUAUAAAAUUAAGAGCGAUAUUGCUUGUAUACUGCAUCGCAUCUAUUGUUGGUGUUGUUUGAUGAUGAUGAUGAUUAUUAUUAUUUUGAACUGAAUCACUAUGAACUUCUCUAAAUUGUACAUUUAUCAACCUCGGAUCUUUUGUUAGAUCUACCAUGACGGGGUUAGAUCUUUUGUUGGAGAAUCUGCCAACAUUUGUUUUGACUAUUGCCUUUUAAUUAUUUAUUUUUAUGUUUCCAGUUAUCAGGAUGGUUUGUUGCAUACUUUGUUGGUUAGACUGUUCAAAUUAGUCCAAUUGUAGACCCAUUAAGGUAGUCCAAUUGCAGAAAAAAUAAACACUGCCUUUUUACCUAUUAACAAUGCAGACUGUAAGAUUUAAGCUGAUUCACCUACAAUAAUACAUCAACGGAAAUCAAAUUUGGCUUUGGGGUACGUGAGCACAUAGAAGCUUUCUCACCAGUAUGUUGUGUCGCUUGAUGGAAGUCACCAACGAAGGGGAGGACCACCAGAGAAAACAAAGUAGGAUUUCAAGUUCAAAUAGACUUUUAAAAUUCUCCUCUUAUGCAGCGAAAAAGAAAUGAUAACAUAAAACACAAACAAGAACUUGCCUUAAUAUAUUAAGGCUAUUAUUUCCGUUUAUAUUCAAUAUUUUGUACGCAUUUGUUCCCGGAUAACGACCCGUGUCAGCAGCCUUCCCAAUAACGAUACCUGAAAUGUUGGAGACAACACUUAUAUUCAAUAUUUUGUACGCAUUUCUCCAAAGGAGUCUGAUUUGGUUUGGCUA